CUCCUCCUGCAGACAUGGGAGUCACCGGCUCCGGGUGCAAACUGAGCGGCUCUGCUGCACCUCGUGUCCGCCUCCUGGGCUCCACCAGCCGGGGAAGCCCCGCUGCUGCUGCCGCUGCCUGGAUCUGAGCCGCCUCGUUACCGGACCUGUCCUCUCUCGAAUUUGUUUGUGUCAUUCCGCUUCAUUCAUGGACUCCCGGAGCUGCGCGUGAAGAGUGUUUGCAAUCAGUCCACACAGCUGAAGAUGGAGACGGUGAUGGAGAGGGAGUGCAGCGCGCUGGGGGGGCUUUUCCAGACUGUCAUUGGAGACAUGAAGGGCAGUUACCCAGUCUGGGACGACUUCAUCAGCAAGGCCACCAAACUCCAGUCACAACUUAGGACGACGGUUGUUGCGGUCGCAGCCUUCCUGGACGCCUUUCAGAAGGUGGCUGAUCUGGCAACCAACAGCCGAGGAGGGACCAGGGAUAUCGGCUCAGCUCUCACCAGAAUGUGCAUGAGGCAUCGCAGCAUCGAGGCCAAGCUCCGACAGUUCUCCAUGGUGUUUCUGGACUGUCUGAUUAACCCUCUACAGGAGCAGAUGGAGGAGUGGAAGAGAGUGGCCAACACUCUGGACAAAGACCACGCCAAAGAGUAUAAGAAGGCUCGUCAGGAGAUCAAGAAGAGAUCAUCGGACACUCUGAAGCUGCAGAAAAAAGCAAAGAAAGCGGAUGUAUUUGGCCGUGGAGACCUCCAGCCUCAGCUGGACAGCGCCAUGCAGGACGUCAGUGACAAGUACCUGCUGCUGGAGGAGACCGAGAAGCAGGCUGUACGGAGGGCGCUGGUGGAGGAACGGAGUCGUUUCUGCUGCUUUGUCUCCAUGCUGCGGCCCGUCGUGGAUGAAGAGAUGUCCAUGCUGGGGGAGAUCACCCACCUCCAGACGCUCACAGAUGAUCUGAAGACCCUCACCAUGGACCCUCACAAGCUGCCUGCUUCCAGUGAGCAGGUCAUUGUAGACCUGAAGGGCUCAGAGUGCACCUGGACCUACCAAACUCCACCUUCGUCUCCAAGCACCACGGUGUCCAGGAAGUCCAGCAUGUGCAGCAGCCUGAACAGCGUGAACAGCAGUGACUCUCGCUCCAGCGGCUCACACUCCCACUCCCCCACCUCCCAUUUCCGUUUCCGCACCUCGUCCUCCUCUUCCUCCUCCGUGCUGCCCCAGCAGACCCCGGCCCGCCUCUCGUCGGUCUCCUCCCACGACUCUGGCUUCAUCUCGCAGGACGCCUUCCAGUCCAAGUCCCCCUCACCGAUGCCUCCAGAAAACCUGCAGUUGUGCGUCUCUGCUUUGUUCUCUCAGUCUGUCAAUGAGGAGGCCUCCCCUUCCUCCCCCUCGCACCCCGGGCCCAGCUCCGGGCAGCUACAGCUGACAAACGGCUUUGAGCAUCACGCUGCCCUCUGUCUGCAUGGAGUGCUGCUGCAGGCCCAGGACACCCACCUCCACCCUUCAUACUUCACCUACUCCUCUCCCUCCACCGCCACCUCUCCCAUGUCCUCGCCCUCCUGUCAGUCCGUUUCUCCCACGUGGCCUCGCUCAGGCUUCGGCCAAUCGGGAGAGUUCCCGCCUCUCAGCCCUCCAGGGACCGGAGCGAUCCCCUCAUCCAGAGUCCCGUCCUGGAAGGACUGGGCCAAACCGGGUCCGUACGACCAGCCAAUGGUCAACACUCUGAGGAGGAGCAAAGACAGAAGAGAGACUUCAGAUCCCAUCAGCCACCAGGGCACAGACGUCAUUACAGCAGGGGAGGAGCCACAGGGGGUCAAAGGGAGCCACUCUGUGAUGUCUCCAAAGGGUGACAAAGAAGCCCAUGAGGAGCUGGCCCGAGUGCUGGCUCGGGGUCUCCACCUGGACAUCCACGGCUGCAGCCGGGACUCUCUGCAGGGCUCCAGUGGCUACAGCAGCCAGACCAACACACCCUGCUGCUCCGAGGACACCAUCCCUUCACAAGUGUCGGACUGCGAUUACUACUCUGUUGGCGCGGACCACGAGGCUGAGCAGCACCGUCCCUCAGACUUCGACAAGUCGUCCACCAUCCCGAGGAACAGCGACAUCAGUCAGUCGUACCGCCGCAUGUUUCAGUCCAAACGCCCCGCUUCAACCGCCGGCCUCCCCUCCAACCCUUCAGCCAUCAUCACCCCGGGGGUCGCCACUAUUAGACGGACUCCGUCCUCCAAACCCAACUUGCGGCGACCCUCCGGGGGCCUCAACCUUGGCCCCAUUCCCAUUAAACCCCCCAUGAUCCCAGUCAAGACCCCCACUGUGCCUGAACACCCUGGCUUCCCUACCAGAGCACCUUCUGAAGCUAGUACACCACGGACCCCACUAAGUCCACCAAGCACCCCUUUGUCACCCGGCAGCAACGGACCACUCUCACCAAAGUCUGUUGCCUGGGAGACCUUGCAGCUGGACGAAGGCUCAGAUCCUCCCACCCCCCCACCACAGCCAGGCGGUCGGGUGUCUGAGUGGGAGCGUCGACGUCUCCCUGAACUCCUGGAGGAGGCAGAAUAUUGUGAGGUGGAGGACUUCCUGGUGGACAUCCGACGAGGAGUCAAGCUCAAGCAGGCGAUGACUAACGACCGAUCGGCCCCGGUUAUUCACUGAGAGCAGCCGGGUCGGGCCGACCGGGUCCAGUUUAGGUCUGAAUAUUCUGAGGGAGGGACACAAACGGACACAGCGAGGCCUGAAAGGAGUUGGAAGCUGCGAUGGUUAGUUUGAAAAAGGUGCCAAAACGGAUCAAAGAUGCUCCGAGACUAAUCUUGGAUCAAUUCUGAAGAGUCAACAACUAACUUAUUAUAAGACGCACACUUUAAAAUGUAGGAGGGUGGCACUGACCCAAGAUUAUAUCUUUGAGGCAACUUAUUUGUUAAAGAAAACAGAUGUUAGUGAUUAAAGUUAAAGGAGAAAGCCUAAACGGAGAGAAGGGAUGAUAAAGCGAUAAAUUCUCCGAAAUUGACACGGAAGUGUUUUCAAAAAGAUCAAAUGAUUGCGUUAAUGUACAUAUUUAGAUUGACGUGUUUGUCAUUUCUGUUUUUCACACUCGUUUUACAUCCCAAGUCUCUUAAUUUCCACUUAACGUGCCAAAAGCCUCCGUGCCAGAUGUUCAUGAAGCGAUACGCGGCUGUUUUCUUCCGUCGUUGCAGGAAGGCGUUCGAGACUGAAACACAGGAAGUGAGAGAGUAUUUGUUUAUGUAGGAUAGUAUACGCAGGAGUUUAACCCAGUGGUUGAAUUAAUAAUAGUAGGUAGUGCUGCAUGUUGUUAAAGUACCAUUUAAAUGAAACCCACAAGCAAAUAAAACCUUAUAAG